AUGGCUGAGCGUGCCGCCGAGGAAGGCGGCGUGAAUGACCUGACGCCAGAGGAGGUCAGCCGCAUCAUUCAUUCCCACCGCAAGGAACUGCCUGUUGGCCCUGCCGCCAGCGCAAAGUCAAGUGCGACAACAAACAUCCGAAAGGCUGGCAGCACACCGUCAACGACAACAACCAACCGGAAAAGACAGCAUUCGGAGGAGCCAGAACCAGAGCCAGAGUCCUCCCGCAAGUCGGAUCGUCAAGAUAGCUGGCCGCGAGCCAUUGGAGCUCUUGAUGAGGCAGAGCCCGUCAGUGAUCGCUACGUCGGCCAGAACAGCAUCCCUGCGCUACUGCGUGAGCAGUCUACGACCAGCGAUAAAAACGAUAGCGUAGACUUUCGCAGAGACAUGAAGUCCAUACUCGGUCUAGACAACUCCGCCCCCUUUCCGCUCAUGUCGCAGCAACACAUGCAUCGCAUAGCGCAAGACAUUUCGACUGAGCUGCCCUCGGAUCGGGAGGUUAUGAAACUAUUUCGAUGUUACAAAGAGAUUCCGCAACCAUUCUGGGGGUUUGUGGUCGACAUUGACGAUUUUGAAUCGAAGCUCAUGGUUUACUUGGAGGAGCGCUCUCGCAAUGCGUCAAAGCCGAACAAGUCCUCGCGUCCCGUGUCUGCUUCCUGGCUGGCCAUUCUUUUUGCGGUCCUGGCUGUAGGCUCUCAGUACCACGAGUCGCCAUACCACAUCCGCACUCGUGAUUCCCAAAAAUACCUCCAGAUAUCCUUCCACUUUCUCCGCCUUGCAAACUUUCUACUACGGCCGUCUUUUGAUUCCAUCCAAGCGCUGCUCCUGCUGAGCUUUACUCUCCUCAACGACAUGAAGGCCGAAGCUUCUUGGGCACUCACUGGCCUCACGUGUCGAUUAGCACAGUCACUAGGGCUCCAUCGACCCAACGCCCCCGAUGCAAACGAAAACGGCGAGCAAAACACUAAAGAGAUGACACGAAGAAAGCUGUGGUGGAAGUGUGUGUGGCAUGAUACACUCACAUCAUUAUCUUUUGAUAGGUCACCCAUGACAAACUUCCCCAGCUGUUCAAUCCCCGUCAAAGUACAAUCCUCAGAGGGCGAGUAUGCGUAUCUCGAAAUGAUGUACCAUCUCAUCGAGAUAAUAUCGCGACGCCUGAAUCCAGACGCCAUGGCGACACCUUCGUACACAGAAAUAGUGGAAAACUGUGACGCGGUAGAGGCCCUGCGCACUCGAGCAUCGGCACACAUGAAGGACAAGGACAAGUGCAAGACGGCAUUGGACCGUCUUCAGUACUUUGCCAUUCGACUGCACACGUCCUUUGUCAUUUCCGUUGCCUGCAGACCAGCACUCCGACGAAAUUGCAACCUCGGCCUAGAACAAAAGAAGGCGUUGGCGGCAAGAUGCGUGGUCAACCUCACCGAGACCGUCAAAAUGUUUCUAGCGAUGCAUCAACUGUCCGUCAUUCCGACACGGAGCUGGGCCUUUACGUACCAUGGGCUUUCAUCUGCGCUCCUGCUUGGCAUAUUGUGCGACACACGAGCGGACCCUGAAGUGCGACAGUUACAGGGCGAUCUCAUUGCGGCUCUCUCUGCCACCGCUGCCAAAGACGUCAGCUCUCCCGAACCGCACGUCAUCCGCACGGACAAGGACAUCGAGCUGUCUGGUCCGCUGUGGCGCGCGCUCACGGCGCUGAAGAGCAUCUACGAUCACGGUAGCAUCAGCACUUUUAAGCGCGACGGCGACUCAUCUGCGGGCGGAAGCGGCACCCGCACGCCGCUGAUGCAGCUGCCUCCGGGUGUUCAGGGCGUGCCUCUGUACCAGCAGUACCGUGCCCUGCCGCCCGGUUCAGAUCCGCGCGAGGAUGCGGCGCUCGCCAUGGCGGAGAUGCAAAACGGCGCAUCGCUUCAGGAUUUCCAAAACGCUCUGACUGCACAGCAGCAGGUACCGAUGCCGGCUGGCUUCGACUCGCUCAAUUCGGAAGGGCCGCAGCUCAUGGCGCCCAUGGAUCUGUACGAAUCCAUAUGGGGAGAAUCGGCUGAUCCUUGGAACACUGGAGUUGAGCCCAUGAAUUUUGACUUUUUGGCGCAGCCUCCGCCAGGGCAACCGCAUCAUCAGCUGUACUUCUAA